AUGGUGGCAGUCGUUGUGCUGGUAGAGUUGAGGUUCUUCAUGAUGAUCAGUGGGGAACAGUGUAUUAGUUGGGAUCUGAAAGAUGCUGCAGUGUUGUGUAGAGAGCUGAACUGUGGAGAGGCUGUACAGCCUACAUAUGGGGCUUACUUUGGACAAGGAUCAGGACCAAUCACAAAGGCUCUUGUGCAGUGUAGUGGAUCAGAGUCCUCACUGAGGAACUGUAGAUCAGACGACCGGUAUAUUCAGCACUGUUCUCAUGAUUAUGAUGCUGGUGUGAUCUGCUCAGAAAUCAUAAACUAUGGAAGGUUUGCAAGACUUGUUAAUGGACCUCAUCAGUGCUCUGGAAGAGUCGAGCUGCUUCGUGGUAACACCUGGAUGUCAGUGUGUGAUGCUGUGUUUGAUGAUCAGGAUGCAGAGGUUGUGUGUAGAGAGCUGAACUGUGGGGUUCCUGUACAGCUGCUGGGUGCAGAUACUUUUGGUAAAGGAGAGGAGCAGGUGUGGACACAAGAGAUUCAAUGUAAAGGAAAUGAAUUAAACAGUCGAUUAUGUUCGUAUGCGUCACAUAAAGUAACCUGCUCUCAUGACAAUGAUGUGGGACUGAGAUGUUCUGGUUACUUUGAUCACAGACUGAUGAACGGUCCUGAUAUCUGCUCUGGUCGAGUUGAAGUUCGACACCUUAAUGAGUCGAGAACAGUUUGUGAUGCAUGCUGGGAUAUGAGAGCUGCCAAUGUCCUCUGUAGAGAGCUGAAUUGUGGGAUUGCUGUGUCUGUUGUGGGAGUGGACUGGUUUGGAGAGGGAUCUGGUGAAAUCUGGGCUGAUGUGUUUGAUUGUCAGGGGAAUGAAACAAAACUCUCAGAAUGUUCAAUCUCUUCAUGGAGUCGAGCUGAAUCCUCUCAUAAACAAGAUGUUGGAGUCAUUUGUUCUAAUUCCUCUCUGUCUCUUCAUGAUGGUCGAGUGAGGUUGUCUGGAGAGAGAGAGUGUGAGGGUGAGGUGGAAGUUUACAUUCAUCAGGUUUGGAGGAGAGUUCUGCUGGACUCCUGGAGUCUCACUGAAUCCUCUGUGGUCUGCAGACAGCUGGGCUGUGGCUCUGUGCUGAACUUCACUACCUCCUCUUCAUCCAGUGAUGAACACAGUUAUGAGUGUGUGAUGGGCUUCCAGUGCUCUGGGACUGAAGAUCAUCUGAGGAACUGCAGCUCUCCACAAACUCUCAACUGCAGCGCAACACAACAGCUGGCAAUCACCUGCCUUGGUCAGAACUUCAUCAGGUUGGUGGGUUCUGGUGGAGAUUGUGCAGGAAGGCUGGAGGUUUUUCACAAGGGCUCAUGGGGUACAGUGUGUGAUGACUCCUGGGAUAUUAAAGAUGCUCAUGUGGUGUGCAGACAGCUGCAGUGUGGAGUGGCUCUCAGUAAUCAGCCAGUACCAGCCUGGUUUGGUCCUGGUUCUGGACCCAUAUGGCUGGAUGAUGUGAACUGUGAGGGGAAUGAGACGUCACUGUGGAGCUGCUCUUCACCGGUCUGGGGAGAUCAUGACUGUAAACAUAAGGAGGAUGUAGGAGUCGUGUGCUCAGAGUUUAAAGAGCUCAGGUUAACUGAAGGCUGUGAAGGGAAUGUGGAGGUUUUCUACAAUGGAUCCUGGGGUAAUGUUUGCUGGAAUCAGAUGGAAAGUGACACAGCGAGUCUGAUCUGUCAAGAGCUGAACUGUGGAAGAUCUGGCAGUCUGUCUGAUUCAACAUCAAGAGUGCCAUCAGCUCAUAACUGGUUGGAUAAUGUUAAAUGUCGACCACACGACUCAAAUCUGUGGCAGUGCCCGACUUCACUCUGGGGACAGAAUUACUGUAGUCAAAAUGAGGUGGCUUAUAUCACCUGCUCUGGUAAGAUAAAAUUUAAACAUGUGUCUUUUUUCAAGUUUCUGUUCAUUUUCCUGUCAUCUCUUCACCAGAAACAAUGUUCAAAUCAUCUUCCUCUCAGACUGAGUGGAGGGAAGGGUUUGUGUUCGGGAAGACUGGAGGUUUAUCAUAACUCUGUGUGGGGUUCAGUCUGUGAUGAUCUGUGGGACAUCAGAGAUGCUCAGGUGGUCUGCAGGCAGCUGGGUUGUGGAGCAGCAUUGAGUGCUGAUGGGAAUGAAGCGUUUGGUGCUGGUGAAGGUGUUGUGUGGAUGAACAGAGUCGAGUGCAGAGGGACUGAGAUUCACCUGUGGGACUGUCCUCAUGUCCUGAAAAAACACACUGACUGCUCACACAAAGAAGUUGAGGUUGUUUGGAGUCUCAUCUCUGAAGAACAGCAUUCUGGAUAUGAAGAUGCUGAUGAGCUUCUCUCAGCAAAAGACUACAAGAUUGAAUAUUAUGAUGAUGUCUCCAAUGGCAGUGACAUGAAAGAAGAGAUGGUGAAAAAAGUCCCAGCAGAAUACUAUGAUGAUGUCAUCACUGAUGGACUAAAAGCAGACAGUGAGACAGAAGACACACUUGAGAAGUAUGAUGAUGUCAUCAACACAGGACAAAACUCUGAUCUUCAAAAAGAGGGAGUUCAGGAGGAGUAUGAUGAUGUGAAGAAUGACAGUGAAGAUGUGACAAACCUGUUAGAUUAUGAUGAUGUGGGGGAGGAGCCAAACAAAGACAGAAGCACGACAGUAUCAGAGGUCGAUGAGUUUGACCAUGUAGUCAAACAGAUGAACCAAGUGGAGUGGUUUGAUAGGCUGUGCAGGAAGGAGAGCAUUACAGUAGUCCAGCCUGGAGAUUAUGAGGGCCUGGAUCAGGAGUUGUGCAGAACGCUCCUUCUGGCUAUUCAGGAGUCUGAUGGACUGCAGAAAGAAACGUCUCUCAGUCGGCUCGAACAUGACCAGAUGCUGCGGAGAAUAAUGAUCAUUACUGCUGAAAUGAAUGUGAGGUUGGUGAAUGGUGGCAGUCGUUGUUCUGGUAGAGUUGAGGUUCUUCAUGAUGGUCAGUGGGGAACAGUGUGUGGUGCUGACUGGGAUCUGACAGAUGCUGCAGUGGUGUGUAGAGAGGUGAACUGUGGAGAGGCUGUAGAGCCUACAUAUAGGGCUUACUUUGGACAAGGAUCAGGACCAAUCACAAUGGCUUAUGUGGAGUGUAGUGGAUCAGAGUCCUCACUGAAGAACUGUAGAUCAGAUGACCGGUAUAUUCAGUACUGUUCUCAUUCUGAUGAUGCUGGUGUGAUCUGCUCAGAAACCAUAAACUAUGGAAGAUAUGCACGACUUGUUAAUGGACCUCAUCAGUGUUCUGGAAGAGUUGAGCUGCUUCGUGGUAACACCUGGAUGUCAGUGUGUGAUGCUGUGUUUGAUUAUCAGGAUGCAGAGGUUGUGUGUAGAGAGCUGAACUUUUACUCCAAGCUCAGACUGGUGAACGGCUCUGAUAUCUGCUCUGGUCGAGUUGAGCAGAGCUGA